AUGCGCACUGUGGACGAAGAUAUCAUUUGUACGUUGUAUACGCUGGACCAGGUGAUGUCGCUGUGCGCAAACCGCUCGGCUCGCGCCCCCUUCACGCUGGUCGAUUGUUUGGACGGUGCCGCUUCCCAGAACUUCGACUGGCACUCAGCAGAUCUACAGGUCAUGAGCAAUUGCUUCUGCAUGCGAACACUGCUCAGAAAUGCUACUGAACGCGAGCUCCUGCUACUGCCCACUCUCAGUUUCCGUUAG